AUGAGUUUCUCAGGACAUCAAAUAUCCAUCAAUAGACCCUCGCACGCGCACAAGCCGCGCAGGCUGUCGACGAACAAGGAACCCAGUCAGAGUGAACUCGGUUCCAUUGCGCAUCGACAGUUCCGCACCGCCAAUGAUGGUCACCGCGCUCAUGCCGGUCUCGAUCCCAGUCGCGCAUCUACCGGGGUUGUUUGGACCACUGAGCGAGCAUAUGAGCAUGGAUUCCUUGAUGACCCAGCCAGCUGGGCAAACCUAGGUCAGGGUGCGCCCGAGGUUGAGGAUGACAUUGAGGGUUGUUUUGAACGUCCUAAGCACAUUGACAUUUCUAUGACCGGAAGAGAAUAUGGCCCAACCGCCGGUAUCAAACCUCUGCGAGAGGCUGUCGCGAACCUCUAUAAUGCCCACCAUCGCCAAGGCAAAGAGAGUCAAUAUACUUGGGAAAACGUCUGCAUUGUGCCAGGUGGCCGAGCUGGCUUGAUUCGAAUCGCAGCCGUCUUGAACAAUGCGUAUCUAGGCUUCUUCAUUCCCGACUACACUGCAUAUAAUGAAAUGUUGAGUUUGUUCAGAAAUUUCUCUUCCAUUCCCAUUCCGCUUUCCGCCGCCGAUAAAUAUCGUAUUCACCCUGAUAAGAUUGCUGAGGAAAUUGCUCGAGGCACCUCUGUCAUCCUCACCUCUAACCCCCGUAACCCAAGCGGCCAGACAGUGAGGAACCCAGAAUUAGCCACGAUUCAGGACAUUUGCCGAGACCGCGCAACCCUUAUUAUGGAUGAAUUUUACUCUGGAUAUAACUUUACAUCCAACUGUGACGGCUCUGUAAUUAGCGCUGCCGAGAACGUUGAGGACGUUGAUGACGAUGAUGUCAUCAUUAUCGACGGUCUUACAAAGCGGUUCCGCCUCCCAGGCUGGCGAGUCGCCUGGGUCAUUGGACCCAAAGAGUUCAUCAAAGCCAUUGGCUCCUGCGGAAGCUAUCUUGAUGGAGGCACCAACGUGCCAUUCCAAGAGGCUGCUAUUUCUAUGCUUGAGCCGACCAAAGUCCGGUCCGAGAUGAAGGCGCUGCAGACCCACUUCAAGGACAAGCGCGACUAUGUCCUUGGUCGUCUAGAAGAAAUUGGCUUCACGCUUGACUACGUUCCUGACUCUACCUUUUACCUUUGGUUAGAUCUCUCGACCUUACCGCCAUCUAUUGCCGACGGCCUCAACUUUUUCCAAGCGUGCUUGCAAGAAAAAGUUAUAGUCGUCCCUGGUAUCUUUUUCGACUUGAAUCCCUCUCGGCGAAGAGAUCUCUUUGACUCGCCCUGCCACCACUUUGUCCGCCUUUCGUACGGUCCGCGCAUGGACGUUCUCAAGAAGGGCCUCGAUGGCAUCGAGCGUGUUGUCAAUAAACACCGAGAACAACACGAGAUGAUGAAGACGGAAAUGAGAUACUGA